UUGGGCAACGCCACAACUUGCGCAGCAGUUCCGCCGCUUCCUCCUCCGAGCGCGAAUUCAAUUCCCCGAGACGAGUGUGAGGAAGAGGGACCAUUUGCAUCCCCCAGCAGAACUACUCUGCCACCGGAGAUGGAGAGGGAGGUCAGAUUUCCCCCAAAGUGGCACAGUUUAGCGCUUUGGCUUUUGCUUUUGAUGACGCUCUGCUGCUUCUACCAUGCCACCGAAGCUGAGAUAACUUGUAAGUCAUGCCAGCCUGGAAAUAAGUGGCGUGCACAGGAAUUACUUCUGAAAUUCGACACAAAUGAACCCGCAACAGGAUUAAAGAGAGAAGUUUUGGUGCGCGGAGACGGGGCAGGGAGAUCCGGGGCUGCAGGUGCCGAAAGUCAGCGUCUCCGUUGCGCAUCUGGGUCCGCUGAAUGCGCUCCAGACCGGGCGGAAUACGCGGAGCCGAGACUGAAACGGAAUAAUACACACUACCUGAGCUCAGAAGGCGAAAUUGUUGUUGGCGAGUUUGCAAAGACGAAAGUUUCUGAUGACAAAAUGAACGGUCAGCAGCAAGGCAGUGAUGCACUUUUGGCCUCUGCGAGCAGGAGCAGAAAGCGUACCAGAAGAAAUAGUGAUGGUGGUAAAGUCAGAUCCCCCGAUUCAGCCAAGAGUCAAGACCCGGGAGAGGGCACGAGCUCCGCGGCCGGACGCAGAGUGACGCGAUCUGAAAUGCGCUGGAGCGGAGAGGAGCGGAGAGCCGCCAGUGCGAGACUGGAUGAGCUCAAACUUAACAGCUCAAUGUUCGCCUUAACCGGGGAUUCAUCUCACAACCAGGCUAUGGUGCACUGGUCCGGCCAAAACAGCAGUGUGAUUCUGAUGCUGACCAAACUCUUUGACUUCAACCUGAACAGCGUGACUGAGAGUUCCUUGUGGAGGUCAACUGACUACGGAGCGACGUACCAGAAGUUGAACGACAAAGUGGGAGCGAAGACAAUACUCAGUUAUUUAUACGUGAGCCCAAACAACAAGAGAAAGAUCAUGCUGCUCACUGAUCCAGAGGUGGAAAGCAGCCUCCUGAUCAGCUCCGACGAAGGAGCGACCUACCAGAAGUAUCGUCUCAACUUCUACAUCCUCAGUCUGCUGUUCCACCCUGAGCAAGAGGACUGGAUUCUGGCCUACAGCCACGACCAAAAGCUCUACAGUUCAGUGGAGUUUGGGAGGAGGUGGCAACUGGUGCAUGAAAGAGUGGCGCCCAAUCGCUUCUACUGGUCCAAAAUGGGUUUGGACAAAGAGCCGGGCUUAAUCCACCUGGAAACCAGCAUCUCUGAAGGACAGGCGCUGUAUGUCACCUGCAAGCUGCAGAAUUGCACCGAUGCCAACAAGGGCAAACCAUUCCCUGGCUACAUUGACCCCAAUUCUCUGGUGGUGCAAGAUGAGUAUGUGUUUGUCCAGGUGUCGACGGCAGGGCGGCCAAUCUACUAUGUGUCUGCGAAAAGAGAUGUCUUUACACCCAUGAAGCUGCCCAAGUACACCCUGCCCAAGGACCUGCAUGUGAUCAGUACAGAUGAAAACCGGGUGGUUGCAGCGGUGCAGGAGUGGAACCAAAACGAAACCUACAACCUGUACGUGUCGGACACAACGGGGGUCUACUACACACUUGCUCUGGAGAAUGUGGUCAGCAGCAUGGGCCUCGAGGGAAACGUCAUGGUUGACCUUUAUGAGGUAGCGGGGAUAAAGGGGAUGUUCCUCGCCAACAGAAAGACGGACAACCAAGUGAAGACACACAUCACCUACAACAGAGGCAGAGACUGGAGGCUACUGCAGGCCCCGAGCAAAGACCUGCGAGGCAACAGUGUUCACUGCGUGCUGCCAUACUGCUCAUUACAUCUUCAUCUCCACGUGUCUGCAAAUCCCUACACAUCUGGAAACAUAGCCAGCAGGGAGUCAUCGCCGGGAAUCAUUGUCACAUCAGGCUCCAUCGGCUCUGAGCUAAGCACCAGCAACGUCAGUGUGUUCAUCACAUCGGACGCUGGAAACACGUGGAGACAGAUCUUCAACGAGGAGUACGCAGUACUGUAUCUCGACAAAGGAGGAGCCUUAGUCGCCAUAAGACACACUCCGCUACCUAUCCGACACCUGUGGUUGAGCUUUGACGAAGGGCGGCAGUGGAGCAAGUACAGCUUCACCAACAGUCCUCUGUUUGUGGACGGGGUGCUGGGAGAGCCCGGCGAGGAGACGCUCAUCAUGACUAUAUUUGGUCACGUCAGUCAUCGGUCAGAGUGGCAGCUGGUGAAAAUAGACUUCAGGUCCAUCUUCAACAGGAGGUGUACAGAGGCUGAUUAUCAGACAUGGCACUUGCACGACGAGGGAGAACCGUGCCUCAUGGGAGUGAAAAGAAUUUACCGGAAACUGAAGCCCCCUUCCAGGUGCGUUAUGGGAAAGACGUACUCUGUGUCGAUGACGUCUGGCCCCUGUGACUGCACAGAAGCUGACUUUGAAUGUGAUUAUGGCUAUGAGAGGCGGACAAACGGCAAAUGCACGCCAGCCUUUUGGUUCCAUCCAUCAACAAUGUCCAGGAGUUGCACCACAGGGAUGACUUUUCUUAACAGCACUGGAUAUAGAAAAGUAGUCUCUAAUAACUGUACAGCUGGAGUCAGUUUGGAGUACACAGCCAGGAGGCAGCAGUGUCCAAUCCAAGCGCCUAAAGGUCUCCACCUGGUCACCAGUGAGGGCACGCUGUCGGCCACACUGGGCACCAAUGUCACCUUCCUUGUUUUUCUGGAGGAGGGUGACGGUGCGAGGACAAGUAUCACUCUGGACUUUGGGGACGGCCAUGCUUUGACCUACUCCAAUGUAAGCUCCAUUGAGGAUGGGAUCAAACACAUCUACAAAGCCGUGGGGAUCUACCGGGUUACUGCCACCGGGGAGAACAGCCUGGGCUCAGAGACGGCUAUGCUCUACCUGCAUGUGACAUGUCAGCUGGAGUAUAUCCAUCUCUCAGCUCCCUUUGUGGCUGUGAGGAAUAAGGAAGUGAACCUUACUGCAGUUCUGUGGCCCAGCCAAGUGGGAACGGUCACCUACAUCUGGUGGAUCGGAAAUAACACAGAGCAGCCUCUAAUCACCCUGGAGGGAAGCGUGGCAUGCACAUUCUCCCGGGAAGGCAUCAGUACAGUCACGGUGCAGGUGUCCGCUGGGAAUACUAUUCUGCAGGACAGAAAAACCAUCGCUGUCCACGAAUAUUUCCGAUCCCAUCUGCUCGCCUUCUCAUCAAACCUGGACGACCACAACCCUGAUGUUUCUGAAUGGAGGCUGGAUGUGAGCAGAGUCAUCAAGAACUCCCUGAUCCAGUCCACGGGAGUGAGAGAAGAUCAGCUUCUGGUCACCGUCCUGCCAGGUUUACCCACAGCAGCAGAGUUUUUCCUCCUCCCUGACAAACAGCUGACGGAGGGGAAACCGGAGAAGAGCUCUGCUCAUUUAGAUCAGCUCUCUGAGGUUUUGCUCAACGCCUUAAACCAAAACCUUGUGCAGUUCACUCUGCGACCAGGGGUCCAAGUCACCGUUUACGCGGCACACCUUUCAGCAGCGCCCCUAGUGGACACCAGCGAGAACCACAGUGGCUCUGCCAUGCUAAUGCUGCUAUCAGUAGUGGUUGUGGGUUUAGCUGUAUUUGUCAUCUACAAAUUCAAGAGGAAGAUCCCAGGCCUCAACGUCUAUGCGCAGAUGCAGAACGAAAAAGAACAAGAAAUGAUGAGUCCAGCUAAUCCAACAGAGGCCACGCCCAGCUCACAGCGGGACCUGGUGAAUUCUUUGGAGAUUCUGGACACAGAGUUUAACUCGCGGCCCAUCGAAGUGAAAGGGUCCGGUCAGGAGGUGAAGGAGAGCUAAACAGAGCCGAGAUGUAUGAAACCUCAUGUACAUGUGAAAUUCUCCACAGAACUCCCCACGUACAUCGUCUAAACUCUGGACUGGAUUACCACUCCAGCUGCGUCAUUGAUCUUUUUUUUGCUUUUUCUUUUUUUUACCAAUUGGGACACAAUGGUUUUGAGCUUUAUACCUGUGCAUGUUGGACCCUGCUGACACAUACUGUGCUCUGUUCAAACCAGAAGAAAACUGUGUACAGGUUUUAACAUACUGUAUUUUUUGUUUUCUUUUUAACAUACCGUAUGUCCAAUGAAUUACACAUUUUGAGAAAUGCCAUCUAUUUAUAGAAAGUCAGAUCCAUAAUAAAGAAGGAAAGCCAGCAUGAAAUAGGGAGGGUGAAAAAAAAUCAAAUGAGCAAUGUUUUGUUUUGCUUCCAUAUCUAAGAUUGGUUUGCUGUUGUAUGAAGCUAACAGCAGUAAUGUAUUAUUUAUUCAUAUGAAUAUACUUUUAUGAAGUAUGUUAUUAGAGUGAAUUACACAUUUAUUUUGUAAAUCAUGAAUGUCUAUGUUAUAAAUUUGUGUAUUUUAAUAACAAACGUCAGACUAAAACAGGAAUUCUGUUAUAAAAUAUGAAUAGGGUACUUCAAAGCUUUUGAACCAUUGUCUCUUGGAAAGCUGAUUUAUGGCACAAUACACAUUUUCUACUGAGAUAUUUUUUUUUUUUUUAUGAUUUUAAUUUAGUAACAGAAAUACAGGGUUUCUGGAGUAAUUUAACCUUUGCUGUUAAUCUAACGCUUCUGGUACUAUUUAUGAUACAUACCAGUUUGUAAAAAAAUGUUUUGUGCUACGGAUAAAGAGACACUUGAUGGCUUGGGUGCUAUGUUGCACCCUUCUGACUUGCAGAAGAUUCCCAAAACUCACCAGACCUUACACCUUUUAGGAUUAGAAGAAGAAGAAACGGAGAAAUGUCGGGAGGAGACUAUCCAACAGAGAAAAGCAUUCCAAAAGUCGUUCUCAGCCACGCCCCAAAUCACAGCUCACAACUGGAGGCAGAGUACGGUGUUCAAAGCUUGGAUUUUAAGGUUGUGGCUGUAAUGAGAUACAGCGACUUAGUGGGAGAAUCCAAAGAGCGCGGCAGCCAGACAGAGAGAGGUGAAGAGAGACGGAAGAGUGCUUUUUGGGGUCGUGACGCAUUAAGAGCAUUCUGUAGGACAGAAUAAGAAGAGGUUGAAUUUUUUUUUGAAUUCUUAACGUGUUCAGCCAAGAUCAAGGUUGGUGACACAUUCAGGCUAAUGUGCUGAGCCACUCUCUGGUAGCACCCAUUUUCAUCCCAGCUCAUUAUACAGCGCUGUCGGAGCAGGGGAACUCGAGUGCAGCUGCUACAAGGCUACACAAGGAUUGGUUAGUGUGUUCAGAGCGACUGUCAAACUAUGUGGUACUUUGUGAGUGAUAUCGGACAGAUGCAAAUGCCUGAUUGAUGCCUUUCAAAUCUCCUGAGGGCAACUUUUUAAAAGAUUGAUUUUGAUGCUUUUUCGUUUGGAAGGAAAGGAGAAAUAGAGAAGGAGUUUUGGUUUUAUCAGUUUGAAAGAUAUUUCCUUCAAUUGUUCACACAUCACUGUAACUCCACCUACAGUACAAACAUGAACUAUACGCAAGGUUAAUGAUUAGAUUCUCUAAAGUCCAUAUUUUCUAAAUGUCAUUCAACAUCCAUUACUACAAGGUUGCUCAGAACUCCAUGCCAGCUGAGGAGUUUGCUUACAAACUUAUCUAUUGACCACAUUUGCAAGAUUUGGCUUCCCCACUGGAUCCUUUACUGAUUUGCCAUUCACCAUAACACAUGUCUGAUACACUGUAGUGUAAAGACUAAAGAAGACUUGUGAAAGCUGUUGCUGUUGGUCUGUUGAUGUAAAUCAGUGCUCAAAACAGAGAUACAAGAACCUGAAGCUUGCAGCAUACCAGUAUACAACAAAGUAGUGAAUCACCUUAGAGAUGUGUUGCCAUUCUUUAGGGUUAAUCAAGCCCCAUGUUGCUUAUAAAAGUUCUAUCGCAAAGAUCUUGUAAACAGUUGAAGUUCACCUUCCUCCAUUUUGUUUGAUGUUCUUCUUCUAAAAAGGGAAUUCUUUCAGUUUUUACAAGUUGUGUAGAUGACAUACUUUAACAUUUGUUUUGCGUAAAGCUGGGUAGGUUACCAAUAUUUUUAGAUGAGAUGUGAUGACCCCGAUUAAAACAAAAAAGUGUUUUCCAAGCUGCAUGCUACAUGGAUUUUGGUAACAGCUCUCCACCAUCUUAUUGUCCAGUGUAGCUGUUAGGGCUCUAUCUGAGGUUGCAGGACAGAAUUCAAACUCAGCUACAAGGGGAUUUAUCUUGUACCAUUGCAUGGUCUUAUAGGCUGAAUUUAGAUAGCGGUUGUUGGAUUUUUAUGAAAGCAAAACACAUCUAGGGAAUGUAGCAAUACAAUAAUAAUUUGAUUUUGUAUGUAUAAGGAGAUUUCAAGAUUUAUUUUCAAGUUUCAAAAGCAAAGAUGUAAAGUUGUAUUCUAAGAAGGAUUAGGUUUACACUUCAGAAAAGGUUCUGAUUUAAAAAAAAAGCUUGAGGGAGACAGGCAGUAGGAGCCUGGGAAGGACAGGUUGAACAGACACAAAGUCCAGUUAACCCUGUGGGAUCUCUGGCCUUCUGGUGAGGAUGAGCUGUGGUGAAACAUCACCUGAGAGUGUUCUGAGUCGGUAUGAUGUUGAAGACUAGCUUUGAGCUACACAAUCUUCCCCCUCUCUCUUUCUCUCCAUCCCUUCCCCCCUGCAGAAUUAGCAAGAUUAUUAUUUUUGUAGAGAAAUGACAAUAAUAAUGAAAAAAAAAAAGAGUUUUAUUACUGUACAGCUUUUGUAUGAGAACAGACGGUAAGGUGUUACAGUGUUUUUGUUUGACCUCAACUGUGCUGUGUGUAAUUGUUUUAUGCAUUUAUAAUCAUAUUUAUUAAAUGGAAAGACGUCUGUUAACUGUGUUCUCAUUUUCUUACAACAUUUGUAAAGAAAUACUAUGUAUUUGGGGGCGUAAUAUUCAACCUAUAAACAGACAAACCAAGUA